AUGCCACACAUUCGAUCAGUGAACCACCACUACCGAUCCCACGGCCACCACACCCACCACAGCAGUCAUCUCCACAGCAUCCACAACAACAAUGUUCCCUACAAGAUACUUUCCACAUCGACCACAACAACGACAACAGCGGCACUACUACCACUACAGCAGCACGUAGAUGAUGAUAGUUAUGAAGAUGACCUCGAUGACGGGCCAACAUACCAGGAGCUGGCCAGUUCGACCCUGACCUACAUGGUUCCUUCCACAGACAGGCACCAACUCUUAAAUAACCCGCCCACCAAACAAAAUCCCAUGAUGUCCAUGGCGAACCUCAACUUUCAAAAACCACAUUACCAUGAUCAUUAA